CCUGCGGUCAGGGUCGUGGCGGGGAGGAGCAGAGCGGAGCGGCUGUGCGCGGCCCUUCACCUCCCGCCGCCCGGUUGCGGCUCCUUCCCCUCUCCCCCCGCACGGAAGUGGCCUCGGCGCCGCCGCGGCUUCUCUGCCCGAGGCUCCGUGGGCUUGGUUGCGGGGGGCUGUUCCGUCUGUGAAGCUACCACACUCCUGCAACACGGGGAAAUGUAGCGCCGCCUUCUGGCGAGCGCAACAAGCCCCCUGCCGCCCCUUCCUUCCCACCCCUGCCCGGAGCCCCAGAGGAUGGGGAGGAUCGCCCGGCUGCUGCGCCUUGAUGGCUCCCCUCUUUCUCGGCUCCAAGCUUGGGGUGAAAGGGCUUGGCUGUUGUGCGGCCCAAAUGGAGUUGGCUUGAAGGCUGGUGAUGGCUUCCUUGGCCGCGCUGCAGCCUGGCGUCCUGGAGCGUCUCCUUUUGCUCGGGGCGAAAGGAAUAAGGCUUCAAGGAUUGUGAAGUAUGGUUUGAGAAUCAACAGUAGAAGCUGGAGUGCUAUUGCAGGCUUGUAAAAAGCCACUCACCAGCGACCCUUGUCUCUCAAACUAUGCCAGAGAUGACAGAGAAGGCUCCUCUUAAGAAGCAACAUCGAAAGAAAAAUCGUGAGACUCACAACGCAGUGGAGAGGCAUCGCAAGAAGAAGAUCAAUGCUGGAAUAAACCGAAUUGGUGAGCUAAUUCCAUGUUCCCCAGCACUGAAACAGAGUAAGAACAUGAUCCUGGAUCAAGCAUAUCAAUAUAUAACAGAAAUGAAAAGGCAAAAUGAUGAACUGCUGUUGAAUGGAGGAAACAGCGAGCAAGCUGAAGAAAUAAAAAAGCUCCGGAAGCAGUUGGAUGAACUUCAGAAAGAAAACGGGCGCUACAUAGCAUUAUUGAAAGCCAAUGACAUUUGCCUUUAUGAUGAUCCCACCGUCCACUGGAAACGAAAUCUUAAACCUGGAAAAGUUUCUGUUGUUAUUCCCAAUGAUCAGGUGCAAAAGAAGAAGGGAAACCUCAAAAAUGCAAAAGUUUCCGUUGUUAUCCCUGGUGACCAGCUGCAAAAGAAUAUCAUUGUAUAUUCCAAUGGCAGUCAGCUUGGUGGCAGCAACCAGGGGGCAUCUGUCCAAGGAAUAACGUUUAACAUCAGUCAUAAUUUACAGAAGCAGACAGCUAAUGUUGUUCCUGUCCAGAGGGCUUGCAACCUAGCUACUCCUGUGACCUUAUCUAGCAUCUAUUCCACAGAAAUUAAGUCAGGGGUUCAGACUUCCGUUUCUCCACUGUUAUCGGGCCCAUCAAAUCCAGCCAAGAAAAUUCUUGAGCACUCUACCUCUGAGAAUCAGCAGAGCUUACCUACUGGUUCUAGUGCUGCCAGCUCACUGAAUAACUUGCAGCUAGUGAGGAUACAGCCUGAAAUGCGGAGUUCACCACAAGAUGAAGAUGACAUCUCCAAAUCUAAAAAUAGACAAGAGACUUCGAAGUCAAUGGAGGGAGCAGGUUUGCCCAGUGUCAGCCUGCCUUUCAGUGCCAGUGUGGAAAAAUCUCCAGCUCAGCUGGCAGACAUAACCCCUAAAGAGGAUUCAAGAAUUGGGUCCCUAGAAAGCUGUGUUGUUUCUGCAGCUGAUACCACUUGUACUCCAUCUGUAAUGCUCUCCAUUGAUGGAAAGCCAUCCACAGGAAACAUCUUCAAAAGUAUAGAUGUUAUAAGUGGCAGCGGAGCAUCUGCAGGAGAAGUCCAGAAGGCUGUAACAGAAAUUAAUGCUUUGCCUGCAACUGCUUUAGAUAAGUGGCCUUUUCCCAGUUCUUCAAGCCUUGGCGCUCCAGGUUCCAAAAGCAUGGGUGGUGUGACACGAAUCACCUCAGCUGGGAACACCCAAACUACUUGGACUACUUUGCAGCUAGCAGGGAAUACUGUUCAACCUCUAAACCCUACUCCAUCCAACAUAAAGACAGCCCUGUUAAAUGAGCCAGUUAAUGGUGCUAGUAUUACGACAUCCACUCCUAACAGGAUUAUGGCAACUACUGCCAGUUUAAAUAAUCCUUUACCUGUGGGUGAACAAACAGCUGAGCAGAUUGUGGUUACUUUGCCUUCCUACUCAUCCAUACCUAUGCAGCCGCUAGUUACCAAGACACAGGUUAUAGCCCAAUCUGCAGGCAGCCUCCUUCCACUGAAUCCAGCCAUGCAGGUGAUUCAGAUGUCCCAGCCGAUAGGAUCAUCGGUCACUGCAUCACCUGCUAACCAAAACGUCGUCAUUUUCCAGCCUUCAAAUGCUACUCCUGGCCCACCAGUGUUGAGAGCUGAAGUCCCCAACCAAACUGUUAGCCAGCAGAUUGUAAUUAUACAAACUGCUAACCCAAAUCCUCUCUCCCUUUUCUCUGCUCCACCUCCUCCUAUCAGAAUGCCUAUAAAUGGAACCUCUCCCAUAGCAACUGCUAGUACUCCUAUGCAAAAUGCCUCUGGCCCUCAUAUGUUUGGUGGGAAACAUCUUGUCCAUAUUUUACCAAGACCAUCCUCUUCAUCAUCUUCUUGCUCAACACAAACGCUUUCGGGUGCAAUGUCUAACCAACAUCUCCUACAAACUAUUUCUUUAAAUGGGCAGCUGUUUGCAUUGAAGCCUGUUAAGUCCUGUUCUGGAGGCUCAGAUCAAGCCCCUAUGCAAGUUAUUCAACCUACCACCAGUGAAGAUCCGAAUACAAAUGUUGCCCUCAAUACAUUUGGUGCUUUAGCUAACCUCAAUCAAAGCAUAUCACAGAUGGCUGGACAAAAUUGUCUGCAAGUGUCAAUCAGUCAGCCUAUCAAUCCAUCAACAGUCAGUAGCCAAGCCACUUCAAGUAACCGUGUUCUGCCGGCAGCUACAGUAGCAUCCUCUUCAGCUGCUGAGAACUCUGUAUUAACCAGUGUUUCACAUUCAGUGGCUGCUUCUCCCGCAAAAGCUCCCCUUGGUCUGGGCUCAAAAUGGUCUAAUAAAAGUACUAAAAAAUGCUUAGUGGCCAGCAGCAGUCUUGUAUGUCAAAUGAAUUCUUGCAAAGAUUUGAAGAAACUUGAUAGUGGGAAUGUGGAGGCUACACCUGAACAUUCAGGAAGUGACAUCUUGCUUGAAAACAUGCCUGUUAAUGUGGUGUUGCAAAACUUAGCCAUAUCACAAACAAGUAGGAGAACAGCACCUAACGAUGUUACCCAUAAUGAUGCUUCUGAUUCUCAUCCUAAGGAGAGACUGAGAACAGAAGAAGAUACAGAGUCUACUGUGGCAUCUGACCUGAAUGCAGCUGUAGUGCCGAGAUCAUUACCCUCUGAAUCAGUUGCAUUGGGACAGUUUGAAGUGGUUGCUCCCAUUUCCAAAGAUUGUGCUUCUCCACCUCUCCAAAUAUGCAUACCUCAAACUAAUUCAGCAACAAAUGCUAAAUUAUCAGAACCAUCCAAAUGCAUUUCCACCAGCCCCUUAACAUCAUCUUCUGACUCGCUGGUUACAACUUCUCAUAUUACUGGGACAUCUGUGACAAACAGUGGAACAAGUGCAGACAGUGUUCCCAGAACAGAGGUAUCAGAGAUCUGUAGGGUAGAGCAAAAUUGUUCCAUUGUAAUGCAAGCCAAUGAUUUGUUAGAAGAACAAGGCCUGACUAAGAUUUUCUCUGAUUUUAGUAAAGUGGGAGAAGCUGUACAAAAAAACUUUUCGGUCCAAGUAGAGCACCCUAAUUUUCACACCCCAAACAUUAAAUCAAUUAUAGACUCAAAUGACUUGGCAGAGAAGGAGGAAGGACUCUUGCUGGUAAACACCCAAGAGGAAAAUCUUGCACAAUCUCAUUCCUGCACCUCUGAACAAGAGACAGCCACUGCUAACAGACAAUCAGACUCGCCAAUGUCAACUAGCUCAGGCAGCAGUUGUGGCUUCUCCGUUGCAUCAAUGUUGCCAGACUCGUGUAGGGAAAAUGUUCCCAACAGCACUGCAGUGAAUACAUAUAACAGCUGUACAUUUUCGGAGCAAACAGAUAUUGUAGCUUUGGCAGCGAAAGCAAUUUUUGACCAAGAGACCCAUGCAAAAGGUAUAGGGGCAGUGUCAGCAGCUGCUGCUUCCAAGGCUGAUGAAGUGGUAUCUCUAGGAAGAGACCAGUCUUUUAAGUCUCACACCAUUAAAAAUACAGACCAGAUUGAGACAACACCAAGAACUUUCAGCACCCAGAAUUCAGUGCAAAUAAACAUUGAUAGGUCAGUCGAAAAACAAAGCUGUUCUGUUGGAGUGGAAAUGUCCAAUGUAACAUUGCAAAUCCCAACCUCUCAGUCUUCAAGCACAUCAAGCUUGAGUGUCAAUAAUCUCAUCCAUCAAAGCUGCAUCAUCCAUCCUGGUGUAAGCUGCUCAGGUUUACCCUCAGCUUCAGACCAAUCAACAGUUCCUGUGACCAUGACUCCAUCUUUGCCUGAUACUUCAUAUAUGAAUCAGUCUCCGGGACAUUCUCCAGUGCUAAUGACAAAUUAUGCUUCAGAACAACUGUCUGCUAUUCAGACCAGCACUAUGCAGGCUCCUCAGAUGCAUGAGGCACACUUAAAGCAGCAGAGCCAGGAAAACCGCAAAGAUUCUGCCAAGCGUUCUGUUCAAGAGGAUCACCUGCUUUCCACGUCAAAGAGACAGAAACACUGCCAGACGGCGCCUCUGCGGCUUGAAGGUAUGGCUUUGCUAAACCAAACAACCAAUGAUCUUUCAGAUCAAAAUCGAAUUCUUGUCAACCAGAUCCCUUCCAAUCCAUCCAAUCUGGCAGCAUCGGGGAGUAGUCAAGCACGCGCUGAUAGUCAUAGCCGGUUAUUCCCAACCAGCAAUUUUGUGGCACCCUCUCUGAGGCAAGCUGAAAUUCAGUGUAAUUCUCAGCCUUCUGCUUCAGAUCAGGCAGGACAACAUCUACAGCCACUUCAACAUGCUUCUAGUCAAGGAAUGGCUCAUCUUCACAGUAAUCAUCCAUAUAUAAAGCAGCAACAACAGGCUGGACAGUUAAGAGAGAGACAUCAGUUGUAUCAACUCCAGCAUCACAUUUCUCAUGCAGAAAGCCCUAUCCAUUCUCAAGCCCUCAAUGUCCACCAGCAAAGAGUAAUGCAUCAAGAGGUACAAAUGCAAAAGAAAAGAACCCUUAUCCAAGCAGCCCAACCCACCACCCUUAAUUUACAGCAGAAGCAUCAUGGAAAUGACCAAUCACGAUCAAAGAGCAACCAGUCUCAUCCCCAUCACCCCCAAAUGCAGCAGAUGCAGCAGCACUAUACAUCUUCCCAGCCUGAGAAGACAUGUGAGAACCCCACUGUGAGCAGAACUCACCAUAACCAUCCUCAGAACCAUCUGAAUCAGGAUAUUCUGCAUCAGCAGACGCCAGAUGUAGGCAACAGACAGCCAGGUUCUGGAGUUUCUUCUGAACAUGUGCCAGGACAUAGCCAGAUGCAGAGACUUAUGACCUCCAGGGCUUUGGAGCAGCAAAUGGUGUCCCAACCUAGUAGUAUCACUAGGUCAUCAGAUAUGACCUGUGUCCCCCACAGACAAGAACGAAAUAGAGUUAGCAGUUAUUCUGCAGAGGCACUUAUUGGGAAGUCCCCCUCCAAUUCAGAGCAAAGGCAAGGAAUAUCCAUUCAGAGCUUGAGGGCUUCAGAUAAUCUUGAAAUGAGAAAUUACCUUGAUGUAUCUAGGAAUAAAGGAUUGGUAAUUCAUAACAUGCAAGGUCGCAUGUCUGUAGACCAUACAGUUGGACCAGAUGUGCAAAGGCUCUCUGAGUGCCAGACCUUCAAGUCAAACAGCACUAAUCAGCAGUUUGAUCUUCAAUCCUCAAGGAACAGUGAAAUAGGUACCUCAAUGUCCUCCCUCAGAGGCAUGCAGACACAGGCAUUUCGAGUUGCUCAAAAUGCCGGGCCACCCAUAGACAGACAGAAGAGGUUGUCCUAUCAGCCAGUUCAGGGCAUUUCAACAGGAAAUCCUCUUCCUCCUGCAAGGGACAAUGAAAAUACAUGCCACCAAGGUUUCAUGCAGAGUUUACUUAUCCCCCAUCUUGGAGAUCAAGUCAGUGGGAGCCAAAGACCACUUUCAGAGCAUCAGAGAAAUCCACAGUGUGCCACUUCUGUUGUUGAAUAUAAUUGCCCCCCAGCAAGAGACAGUAUUCACAUUCGAAGAGAAGGUGAUGGUCAGAACAGGGAAAGUUGUGACAUGUCUCUUGGUACUAUUAAUAAUAGGAACAAUUCAUUAAAUAUUCCUUUUUCAAGUUCCUCUGGAGAUAUUCAGGGUCGCAAUACAAGCCCCAAUAUUUCCAAAUCCAAUCCCAUGAGAAUGACAGAAAGUCAUGGAACCAAGGGUCACAUGAAUGUUCCAGUUUCCAGCAAUGUUCAUGGAGUUGUCCGACCUCCUCUCCCGCACCCUCCAGUCUCUCGUGGGAAUGCUGACCAAAUUCCACCAUCAGUUCGUCAGCCAAAUUCUUCAGUUACUCAACGUUCAAGACAUCCUCUCCAGGAUAAUGGUGGUUCUAAAAUUCGCCAACCUGAAAGAAAUCGUUCUGGAAAUCAAAGACAUGGGAAUGUGUUUGAUCCUAGUCUUCCCCACCUUCCUUUGGCUGCCAGUGGUAGUAUGAUCCUUGGAAGGCAACAACCUGCUCUAGAAAAAAGAGGCAGCAUUGUGCGAUUCAUGCCUGAGGGACCACAAAUGUCGAAUGAUGGUGCAGCUCCUGAUCAGCACAGUCUGUCCCAAAACUUUGGAUUCCCUUUUAUUCCAGAGGGUGGAAUGAAUCCCCCAAUAAAUGCCAAUACGUCAUUCAUUCCACCAGUGACUCAAUCCAGUACUACUCGAACACCAGCCCUGAUUCCAGUGGACCCCCAAAAUACGUUGCCAUCUUUUUAUCCACCAUAUUCUCCUGCCCAUCCCACCUUGUCCAAUGACAUUUCAAUUCCUUAUUUUUCUAAUCAAAUGUUUCCUAAUCCAAGCACAGAGAAAUCAAACGGUGGAAGUUUAAACAAUCGGUUUGGCUCUAUUUUGUCUCCUCCCAGACCAGUGGGCUUCGCUCAACCAAGUUUCCCCCUUCUGACGGACAUGCCCCCAAUGCAUAUGGCCAAUUCAUCUCACUUGUCCAAUUUUAAUUUGACUUCUUUGUUCCCAGAAAUAGCUACAGCCCUUCCUCCAGAUGGUUCAGCAAUCUCACCUCUGCUCUCUAUAGCAAACACUUCUGCUUCUGACUCUUCCAAGCAAUCAUCAAACCGGCCUGCUCAUAACAUAAGCCAUAUUCUAGGUCACGAUUGCAGUUCAGCUGUAUGAAAAGUAGUGAUCUAGGAGCUAAGAAUGGUGGGUUAUUUUGUGUGUGUAGUAUGCAUUUUUGUGUAUACACAGGCGUGUGUACAUGUGUGCAUUUGAGGUUGCCAUCCUUGAAGAGACCACUUAUAGCAUCACUGUUUGUCAGGAGUAUGUAUACAAUGGUAGGUGCUUCUGCAUUCCUACAUACCCAUGUUGCUAACUCAAAGUAGUGGUGCCUAUCUCAAUGCUUACUAGUAAGAGUAAGAAUGCAACACCUUGAUCUGUCUUAAUAGAGUUCCAGACUGUUAUCCCCAGUGCCAAGAUGUGCCCUGUGCAAAAUAAGACCAGGGAAACAAACUAUGAAGAGCCUCAUUUAUAAUUCCUGGAGAGUAGUUUUUAUUUUAUUUUUUGUUCCAAGAUGUAGAUUCGCAAGGGCCUCAAGCACACCCCAUAUUGGUACCAAGGUUUUGAGUUGACUCAUGCUAGAUCACUUUGAUUGCUUUUUGUGUUGAAGCUUUAUAAUAGACAUAUUUCAUAGGGCUAAUUUAUGUGAUAAAUUUUGAUGGACACGUGAGUUUAAUGCCAUGCCAUCUUCUGAGGAGCUGUAUUCAUGUUUUGUGUAAUGGAAAAUAUUGCUUCUCUUCUAAAACAUGUAGUUUAAUGCCUUGCUCCUGAGGGAUUUUUUUACUAUUGAUAAUAUUUAUUCCUGCUAACAAUUCAUAGCAUUUUAAAAAUUGUACUAUAUGUUGAUUUCUUCCCCUAGACAUGGCAUUCAUUCUUGCUGUUACUGGUUCUAUGCUGUGAGUUUCUCAGGGUAUCCUUUUUGUGUCUUGUUUAACACUUUCUUAAGGAGAAGCGUUAUCUUCCCAUUUUACCCUUGUUAAUGUUUUUCUUUACUUUUUCCUCAGAUUAGUUUACUCUUAUAACAUGAAAGCAUAUAAUAUGAACAUAUUGUGUGACAAAUAUUGUUGGGUAAGACUGUAGGUAAAUGCAAAAUUAAUAUUAAGUGCUAAUUUAAAUGUAUUACUUUGCACUUAGAAAGCACCUUCUAUCCAAGCUAGAGACUCUUUGGUGGGAGUGGAAAGAGGAGUGUGUGAGGGUUUAAGCACCUGGCAAAUUGGGAUGAUCUUGGUGGAGUUAGUUAAGAGUGGAGAUGAAAAAUGGUGGGUUUAAAAAAAAUUGUUGGUAAUUUAAUAUAUGAAAUGUGGCAAGUAACAGGUGAUUGGCUUUUUUUCUCUCAUAAUUACUACAAACACUAUUUUUAUGCACCCCUUUGGAUUGUCCAAAACAGACAGCAAUAUUGUUUCAAAGAGUCUUCCUCAGCUGCUGGAAGCCAGACUACAACAGUGGCAAAUAAUUGGCCCGGGCUAUUUCCUUGAUGAGUUGCUAAUUUUUUUGCUUGAGCUUCUUUCUGUAAGUCCCACAAACAGAUAGCCAGAACUUUUAUCCAUUAAGUUGGCAAACGUACUCCCAUGUGUGUGGGAUUCCCUGCCCAAUGAGGUAGCAUACCAAGGGAUCUUAGAAUGGUAUAGUGCUUAGUACAUGUGCUGAAGGUACAGCAUGGUCUUGGAAUGGUGAUUCAGCAAUGCAGUGUCUUCAGCAGCACCAGCUCUGUUUUGGGCCUCCUGUUUCAGAACAGGUGUCAUUAUGAGAAUUGUAAUCUUGCAUGAGAAAUCUGAAGUGGCUAGUUUAGUCAGAUUAGAUAGUAGGAAUAUCCACCAGCUCACGUUUCUACAUAGUUGUAUACCUCAAAAAAUUCAGUUGGCCAAACUGUUUAGAAGAUAACUUUAUAGUAUUGCAAUGGUCCGUUUUACAAAAAGUAAGGAAAGACAGAGUGGAAAGGCUUCCAUGGGGCUACAUGAUGAAUGCCUGAGAACAGAGAGAGUUUGAAUCUUGUGCUCUGGCUUUCUGCUGAAAUGUACAUCUGAAAGAAAGGUAUGAAAUCUAAUCACUGAUUUAGAAAAGUAUAUUUCUGUUUUGAGGGAUGUGUCAUCAUUUUGCUCUGGAGUACAAUUGUCUUUAUGCACAUCAGUUUUCUCCUGUUGCUCACCUUUUGAGGGUAGGACCCACAGCACAUUGCUUUCUUCUGGCUCCAGUUAGGGUAACUGCCACAUACAUCCUGUCAGUCAGGCAAAACAAGCUAUUUCCUCUUGGAAGCCGGUUUGUGAAGGUAAACUUGGCGCCACAGGUCAGAGCUUGCGCUUAGCAUAUGGGGGGGGGGAAAUAUCUUUGUGGUGAUUUCACUUCACAGGCUUUGCAGGGCCAUUCAGCCUGGUUAUCUGGGUUUCCUUCCAAGCGCUUGGACCAUUCAUCAUGGUCUGAAAGGAGGGAUGUUACCAUAGUUGUAACAGAGAACUUGAUUUCAUGUAUAUUGUCCCUGCUCGAGAAAAGUAUGAAUAUAGUCAUUAUUUUCAAAGGGCAUACUAGCAUUAUGAGGCAUGUGAAUGUAUGUGCAGACAUGACAUGGAUUCUAACAUAAUUUAUUUUAAAACAAUUUCCAAAUGACCAGUCCUUUAGAUUCUUCAUGGCAUACUUCAGGCCAGCUACUUAGUUCACUGUGGAGACUUCUCUGUGUUGUAGUGAGAUUUAAGAAUUUACAGAUAUGCUAGAGUUGGCCCAGAGCUGAAUCACCCUUCAUAUCCAUUUCAUGAAUAUGAUAUAAUAUUACUUGGAUAAUAUCUGAAAUUAACAUCUGAAUAUUUCUUCAAAGACUUUCAUUGCAAGAAAGUAUGUUAAUUCUUACGUCACUUUUACUUAUUAAUGGAGUCAUUCUUUCUUCGUGCUCUCUUCAGUCUAGGAGGAGUUGCCGAAUUCCUUAAAAAUCCUUGACUAUUGAGCCUGUUUAAUAGACGUGGUAAUUUUGUUUUGUUUUUGUAGAAGCCCUAUCUCAAUUGCUGACAGAAAAGUCAACAAUUCAACUCAAUUCCAAUCAAAUUCCCAAAAUUUCUAUAUAUAAUUUAAUUCUAUAUCAUAUUGCACUAGUAAUUAAAGGGAGCACAGUGUGUUAACUUUUUUUUCUGUUGUAGACCCAAUGCUACUAGAGGGUGGAAGAGGCUCUUUCUAGACCAUUGCUGUGCUGCUUGUUGUAUACACAUACCAAAUGCCUGUUGUGUAAAAUGUUAUUUUAAAAAAUAAUUAGCACACAUGGAUUUCUCCAAAAAUUAUGAACCUUUUUUUAAAAAUUGUUUUUCAUUUUUGGCUUCUUUAUAUAAUUAAUCUGGUCUUACAAACUGAAUGGAAACAAAACCACUUUAUGGACAUUAUAAUGUUGUGCCUUGACUGCAUUGGUAUUGCCUCAGUUAAUUACUAUAUAGCUUUAACCACCCUUCAUCCCCCCCAAAAAAUUAGUUGAUUAUGCUGUAUAACUGGUGGUUAUGUGGAACAGGUUACUACUUGCCAUCUCCUAGGACUGAGAAGAAUCAGAUUCUUUCAUCAUUUUGCAUCAGGCGUAUUUAGUUAAAAUGUUUAAAUAACAAGUAGGCGAUGGGGAAACUUGGGAAUGACUUGCCCAAGGCCUUAUGGAGAGUUAGAGACAUGUAAGAAUCCAAGGUUUCCUGAGUUACCUUUUAAUACUGUAAAUUUGUCAUAGAAGAUCAUUUCUGUGCAAAAGGUUGUGCUUGGGUUUUGGGACUCCUGGGAUUCUAUACAAAUUCACUAUAAAUUGGUAGAACAUGGCUAAUGUGCAGAUGAGGAAAGGGCUCAGGCAGGCUAUUCAACUACAAUUAAAAAAAAGUAUUUUCUUUUGAGCCAAUUUGUUUUCCACUUCAAGUUAUCACAAGUCUGUAAUGCUGGGAGGGUAUAUAUUUUAAAUUCUGUAACUUGGUUUAUAUUAUCCACUUUUUGACAAUAGAUGGAAAAAAUUAAGACUACCAACUUUUCAGUAUGUACUGUGACAGAAACCAGUAGGCCACUCUCUUGUGGGCUUUAUCUACAUUGAAUCUUCUUAGUAGAACUUUCUGGUAGACACCACUGUAGCAGAUCACUGCUAAUGUGCACCUUAGUGCUGAUAAGACAUUUUUUAAAUGUCUGUCUUGAUGUUGUCUAGCGUGGCAGUUUUGCAGUUUCAAGUGCUGGAGGAGCUGGAAUUACUGAGAAUUAUAUUUAGCUGCAAAUUGACUGCCCUCAGUAGACUACAUGGAGUACAAAGGGCUAUAAGGUCUGCAAGUUCAGUUGCGUCUUCUUUAAGGCGGCAGUGCUCUUCAGAAAAGAGCAAACAUACAGAUAAUGUCUGUCUUUGCAAUAUAUUCCAAACAUAUUUGUCUCUUACAUAUUACCGAACCAUUUAUAGCUUUAUAUUCUUAAUAGUGUUGUCCAAUUUUGUAAUCUUAUCUAAAUUAUGUCACCUUACAACACUUAGAUGAAUGAUUCAACCUGCUUCAGGAAGUUAAAUAUAAACAUCUCACUGGCACAUAUAGAUGAGUUGUAUGUAAAUGUAGAAGCUUUAAGAGAGUGUGCAUAUCACGUGUUUGUUUCUACUGGGCAUAAGCAACCAGCCCUUGCUCUUUUAAUGGGAGCAGUUAUGCAAAACUGGAUGCCAUGCAGGAUGAUAGGCUGCAUAACAUCAAGUUUGGGCAGAUUACUUCAUCUCCAAGCCACAUGCAGCUGUGAUCAGAUCCCUUAUGGGUUCCUCAGACAUACAAGAGUCAGCUAUAUUCCCCCUCUUGAAAUUAACAAAUGUAUUAUCUUGAUUUGUGCCACAAUUUUUCUGCUGUGCAUCCUCUCAAAUUCUACAUACAGCCCCCUACCCCCAGAGACUUUCCAGCCCUAGUACAGAAAUGUGUGAUAAUACUGAUCAGGAACAUGAAUUAUUAUUGUAAAUAAGAUUUUGUUAUGUUUAUUUUGACAUCUUUUUACAAACUUGUUGCUUUCAGAUGUAAAUAUUUACAACAGUGAUUUUGAUGAAAGUUCAGAUUUUUAUUAAGUGCAACAUUUUAUUGAUUGUAAAAAUUGUACAGAUAUGAACAAAAUGGUACUUUAUUUUAAAAAACAUACAGUUUGUGUACUUUCAUUUUUGUGUGCUGUAUAUACUUUGUGGUUCCUCUUCCUGGAAAAAAACCAAACAAUGCCUGCAAUCUUGUGCUUAAAUCUUAGGUGCAAGUUGCAGCCAAAGCUACAUAAACCUGUAAUUUUAAAGAAUUUAAAG